AUGCCGCGCUAUUACUAUAAUAAGGAUAUGGACAUUUGUGAUAAAUUCAUCUAUGGUGGUUGUGGAGGAAAUGCAAACAAUUUUUAUACUAUAGAAGUCUCGAAUGCGAGCACAAAUGUAAUAGAGGUAUUUAUUGUAAUGUGUGUUACUGGCCUCCAGACGUCGGUCCAUGUAAGGCGGCUAUGGAGCACUUUUACUAUGAUAAGCGGACCGGCACUUGCCAGAUCUUCACCUAUGGUGGUUGUUUAG